AUGUAAUUUUUAAAAAACGAAGCAUAUAAAUAAGAAGCAAUUCCAUUAAUAGUACAUAAUCCAUCUGAUUAAUGUUAUUAAUUAAAUGAUGAAGCAAUAGAAUAUAUAUAAUAAAUACCAGGUCCCAUAGGAAUAAUAGGAGUAGCAGGAAUGUAUCGUACAGGAAAAAGUUAUUUACUAAAUUAAAUGUUAUUAUAGCGUUCUGAUGGUUUUGGAGUAGGUCCGACUGUUAAUCCUUGUACAAAAGGUUUAUGGAUAUGGGGAACUCCAUUAUUUAUUGAAAAUGAUAUUGGAGAAAAAAUUUAUGUUUUAAUUAUUGAUUCAGAAGGUAUUGGAGCUUUAGAUGAAGAUUCAACCCAUGAUUCUCGUAUAUUUGCAUUGACCAUUUUAUUAAGUUCUUGUUUUAUUUAUAACUCGAUUGGUUCAAUAGAUGAACUUGCAAUUCAAAAUCUCUCUUUAAUAGUAAAUUUAACAAAAAACAUACAUGUUAAAAGUGGACAAAAUGAAGAUGCCGAUUUUGAAGAUUAUUCUUAAUAUUUGCCUUCCUUUUUUUGGGUUGUUAGAGAUUUUUCUUUAUAAUUAAUUAAUAAUGAAGGGGAACAAAUAACUUCUUAAGAAUAUUUAGAAAUGGCCUUAUAACCAUAGAAAGGAUUUUCUGAUAAUGUUGAAUAAAAAAAUAGAAUAAGAAGAUUAUUAUCGACAUUUUUUAAAUAACGUAAUUGUGCUACACUCGUCCGUCCAUUAACAAAUGAAGAAAAUCUUCAAAAUCUCGAUAAAUUAUAAUAUAACUAACUUCGUCCUGAAUUCUAUUAAUAAAUUUUAUUAUUAAGAAAACAAAUAUUAACAUAAAUUCGUCCUAAAAAAUUAAAAGAGAUACCUUUAUCAGGUGAAAUGUACUCUACAUUAAUACGAAGUUAUGUAAAUUCAAUAAAUAAUGGCGUAAUUCCUAAUGUAGAAAAUGCAUGGACCUAUAUAUGCCAAAAUGAAUGCUAUAAAGCCUAAUAAAAAAGCAUUUAAAUAUAUGAAUAGUUAUAAUCUGAAAUUUGUAAUACUAAACUUCCGUGUACAAAUGAGGAAUUAAAGAGUUUUUUAAAAUCUGCAAAAAAAAUUGCUUUGGAAGAAUUUAAAAAAAUUUCAAUGGGAGAAAUUUCGGAAAACUAUAUUUAGGAAGUAAAAAAGAAAAUCAAAGUAAAAUAAAUUUAUAUUAAAUGUGAAAAUGAUAAAUUAAGUGCUAAAAAUUGUAAUAACUUUAUUUUAAAUGAAUUUUAAAGUAUAGAAAAAAAAAUGAAAGUUAAUGAUUAUUAAAGCUUUUUCGAAUAUUAAUAAGAUCUUAAACUAUUUCUUAAGUAUUAUGUUGAAAAUGCACCAAAAACACCUAAUUUUCUUAUGUUUAUUUACGAAUUUCUUUAUAAAGUGGGAAUUGAAGGAGCUUUUUAUUUCAUUAAAUUAUAAAAUCAUGAAAAUGAAAUCUAAAAGCUACUCAAAAAUGAAAUAUAAAAAAAAUUAGAAACAGAAACAACAGAACUUAAAUAUAAACUUAAUUAUGAAUCUAGUAUUUCUUAAUAAAAAAUUGCUUAAUUGGAAUAAGAAAAAACUAAUUUUGCUGUAAAAGAAUAAAACUACAAAGAUCAAUUAACUUAAUUAAAAAUCGAAAAAGAAAAAUUAGAAUAUGACAUUAAAGAAUAAAUAAAUAAUGAGAAAUAUGAAUACUAAAAGUAUUUAAAUGAAUUAAAAUAAAAAAUCGUGAUUUUACAAGAAGAACUGAAUGAAUGUGAAAGAACUAAAGUUUUACAAUAAUCUGAAUAUGAAAAGGAUAAGGCUUUAUUAAAUUAAAAAUUACAUUAUUAUGAAAAACAAAUAGAAGAAUAUUUAAAGAAAGACAAAGAUUAAUAAAUUACUAUAAAAAAUUUAGGCAAAGACUAAAAUUAAUAAUUAAAAGAUCUUUCUUACAAAUACGAAAUAUAAAUAAAAUAAUUAAACUAAAAAAUAAACGAAUACUAAGAUAAAAUUAACGAACAAGAAAACGAAAUACAAUUAAAAUAACAAAAAUAUGACAAUGAAAGAAAAAAAUUUUAAAUAACAGAAAACAAUUUCGUUUAAUUAUUAGAAGAAUCAAAUAACUCAAUAUAAUAAUUACACUUUUAAAUAAAAGAAAUGAAAAAAUAUGAUGAAUAAUAAUAAGAGUGUAUAUAAAAUGAUAUUACUAAAUAUAAUAUAGAAUUAUAAGAAAAAGUUUAAUAUUAUGAAGAAGUAUUGAAAGAAAAAGAAGAUACACUUAUUAAUUUCAAAAAUAACUUCUAGAAGGAAAAAGCAUUAUUUUAAUAAAAACUAGAAUUUCUUUAAUUAUAAUAUGAAGAAACUAAAUAAUAAUUAGAAGAAAACAAAAGAGCACAUGAAGCUAUUAUGAAAGCUUUAGAAUCUUCAAGUUUUGAUUCUUCGGCAAAAUUUGAUAACAAAUAGUUAUAAGAAUUAAAGGAUAAUCAUAACAAAGAAAUAAAAGCUUUAGAAAAUGACUUUGAAAAGGCAAAAAAAAGAUAUAUAUAAUAAAUUGAAUAAUUAAAUGAAAAAAAUAAUGAUUUAGAAAUUAAACUUAAAUUUGAAAAUGCAGAUCUCAGUAAAGAAAUAGAAUAAUUAAGGGAAAAAACACUUAAUUUUGAAAAUUUGAUAUAAAAAUAUUAACAAAAAAUUCAAAUUUUAGAAUUUGAGAAAUCAAAUUUAGCAAAGGAAAACGAAGAAAAAUACUUCAAAAAAAUACACGAAUUAGAAGAUGAAAUAGAAGAAACAAAGCUAAAUGCAGCAAAGGAAAUUCGUGAAUCUUAAUAAAAAUCAGAAGAAAAUUUACUUUAAUUAAAAAGUAUUUACACAAUCGAAAGAGAAACAAUAGAAAGACGUUUAAUAGAAGACAAAGAAAAAUUUGAUAAAAAAUACUAAUAAGCAGGUAAUGAAUAUUAGGAAUAAAUAAGAGAAUAAUAAUAAAAUUAUGAAGACGAAAUUGAAAAUUUAAAAGAAGAUUUGAGUUAAUAAGAGUAAUAAUAUCAUGAAACAGUUUAAUAAUAUGAGCAUGAGUUAGCUUUAAAAUAAUAAGCAAUAGAUACAUUAGAAAAGUAUAUAAAAGAAAUCAAAGAAAGUCUAGUUAGUAUAUAAUAAAAUAAUAAUAAUACAAUUUAAUAAUAAUUUAAGAAUUUUGAUAUAGAAAGAAAAACUUUAUCUUAGAAAUAUUAUUAAAUUAAUAAUGAACUUUAAAACAAAGAAAAGAACUAAUAACUAUAUAAUAAAAAAAGAAAAUAUAGAAAGCCAAUUAAAGAAAAAAGAAAACAAUAUAUUAUAAUUAAAAUAAGAUUUCUAAACGAAAAAAAUACACUUCUUAGUCAUAUUGACGAUAAUAAAAAUAAACUAAAUUUAUAAAAUGAAGAAUUUAUCGCUCAAAAAAUUGAAAUUUCUAAAUAGAUUGCUUUAGCUAAUCAAAAAGUAAAAAAAAAAAAUAUUAUUUUUUAUUAUAUUUUUAUAAUAUAGAAUGACUUUUUAAUUAAGAAAAUGAAGAUUUAUAAAAAUAAAAUUAAAUAAUAACAAUUAAUUAUGAAGAAAAAUUAAGUAAAAAAAUAUUAAUAUAUAUAUUUUAUAAAAAUAAAUUAGAAUUAUUAAAAAAUGAAAUGA